CACACGCAUGCUUCAUGAAUGAGUCCCCCUCCACCGCACCGCAGGUCGGACCCUUCAUCCGCCUGCACCCUGAUGUCCGUGUGGGUGCGCAGACGGGCGGGGAACAGAAGAGCCUGCCGUGAAUGAGAUCUCGGACAGCAAACGCAACCGACCAGCGCUACAUGACCGAUUCAUCCGUUCAGGACCGACACAGGAUACGACACGAUGCUUGAUGGACUCCGGCGGAGGCACGCCUCCCGGCCCUCCUCCAGACCCUCCUCCCGUCCCCUGUCACUCAACUUCAGCACCUUCUCAGCACCUCCCCCCAGCCCGGACAUGGACACCAACAGUGAGCAUCCAAUCAGGAGGACUUUACACCGACUGAAGUUGAUGAGCUCCCCUAGCCUCAGUGAGCUGGGGAAAAGUGAGAAAAGUUCACCAGAAGACAGAGGGGAGAAGCAGAAGAGGGCAGGGGCCAACGCCACCUGGAACAGCAUCCACAACGCUGUAAUAGCAGUCUUCCAGAAGAAAGGUUUGGCAGAUAACGAACUCUACGUCCUCAACGAAGGUGUCCGGCAUCUCCUGAAGACUGAGCUGGGAUCCUUCUUCACAGAGUACCUUCAGAACCAGUUGCUGACAAAAGGGAUGGUGAUCCUUCGGGACAAAAUAAGGUUCUACGAAGGUCAGAAGUUAUUAGACUCUCUGGCAGAGACCUGGGACUUCUUCUUCUGUGAUGUCCUCUCUAUGCUGCAGGCCAUUUUCCAUCCAGUUCAGGGUAAGGAGCCCUCUGUCAGACAGCUAGCUCUGCUUCACUUCAGGAACACCAUCGUCCUAAGUGUGAAGUUAGAGGACGCCCUGUCUCGACCUCGAGCCCGUGUGCCCCCCUCAGUUACACAGAUGCUGCUAAUCUUACAGGGCGUCCAUGAGUCUCGAGGUGUGAACGAGGAGUACCUGAGGCUUGAGUCUCUGGUUCAGAAGGUGGUCUCGCCCUACCUGGGCACCCAUGGGCUUUACUCUGGAGAUGGUGCUGAGGCAAACUGCUGCGUUCUAGAGAAGUGUUUGCCAUGGGGCUGGCCAAAGUCUGCAGAUCAACCGUCUAAGAACCCCGUGGUACGAUCAAAAAGCUACAACAUCCCUCUGCUGCUGACCCCAGUGGCCGAGUAUGACCCAGAUGCCAGUUCUGUGGGCAGUGGAGGAAUUAGGCGCCACUCCGCCUGUGAGAUUAUAUCAUGCCUGGAGGAACAGGGACUGGCCUACGCUGACCUGGCUUCAGGAUCUGAACUGUCUGGCCCCACCUCCAACAGGCUGUGUGUGGCCUCUCAGUUCAAUGGUAUCUUACAAGCAGGAUCGAGUGCAUUAGACUUGCCUCUCUCCUCUUCCUCCAUCCUUCCCCUUCAUUCCUCAGGGGCUCUGCAUGGCACCGAGGCCACUACAACAAUGACUGAUCUCAGUAUGGGUGCAUCCUCCACACCACCCAGUGAAUCAUCAAGCCCAGAAACCAUAAUUGGACAAGUGCUGGAGUCUGCAGACUCAGACUCUGAUGGGAUAUUUAUUGAUUUCCCUUCUCACUCCUCGGAGGCUCUGGGGUACAACCGCGAGAGCAGACAGAGCACUGUGUAGCUGUGGCUGCCUUUAGGAGCGCACCACAGUAACUGUGCAGUAAUAAUCUGUGAUUACAACAGAUUACAAAAAGCCACAUUUCAUUAAAUGGGUACCAUCUUUUUUUUCUUGCUGUAAGAUGAGGACUUUUCAUAGCAAAUCCAUUCCAAAGUGCUUUCACCAGCGGAUGAAAACCUCUUUAGCUUUUCUUCAUCAGAACAAAAAAAUAAAUCUAAGAAAACUUUACAGUAGAGACUUGAAUGCUGUACUGAGUUUUCAUCCAUAUUUCUGAGCUUUUCAACAUAGCUCACAUUUUCACUGACAUGAAAUCUCAUAAAAACGACCAAAAGCAGGAUCAAUUUGAUUUAAGUACUGGUAUUGUUUUUGGUUUAAUACCUACAUUUUUGUCCGGAAACUACUCAAACACAUCAGUGAUUUUUGUUUGAGAUAUUUAAGUUUAAAUGGCUCCUAAAGGGUACUGUUUUACUUCUGUUUACGUUAUGUAUGCUUAAAACUACAUUACCCAGCUGUUAAAGGAACUGCUCAGCUAACUUGUAUUUGAAAUAAUGCUCAUGUACUUUAAGUGUCAUAGACACACUAGAGUGUUUAGAAAAUGUUGAGAGAAGGACAAACCCUGAGCCCUACAAAGUUUUAAUCUACAUAACAAAAAUACAUAUGAUGCUUUACUGAUGAAUCACUAUGCUAACCUUUAGUAGAAAUUGAAACCAAUAUAAAUUAAGAGCUGAAGUUAUAGGGUUUUACAGGGCAUCGGUUUCACACCUCUAAUGAAAGGUUGGAUGUUACUACCAUAAACAAUAUGGUAAUUACAAAAAAACGCCUGUUUUUCAGUCGUCUUUUAUACGCAACUUUUGAUCUUUUGUAUUUUCUUUUUACGCUCAGUUGUUUGCCGCUCAUCAGCAAUAUAGUAAUAAGAUCUUGUGCUCUACUUUUGUACAACAUCUUAUGAAAUUUGGACUUCUUUGUUAUUUUCAUUGCCAGCAGUGAUCAUAGGUCUAUCUCUAUCUUUCCUUCUUUACAGUGAACAUCGGUGUGACAGCGUCUGCUUUUCUGUAUUAGCUCUGUACAGCAGGAGUUUUUAUGAGGAGUUAUUAUGAUGUUAAUUGUUUACAUUCGACUAAGACAUGACCAUUUUGGCUGAAUGUCGUCUCAUACACUGUAUUUUGCACCACCACUACCUUGUACAUAAAAGUGCUUUGUUGUUUUUUAGGACGGCUAGAUAGUGUAAAGUGAGCUUUUACCUUUAAAUGAAUUUAAAUUUUACUAAGGGCUUUUUAACUAAAUCUUUUUCAAAUGAUGUUUUACCUCAAGCGUUUUGUACUUUACUUUUUUGACAAUCUAUGAUGUCUAUGGAGUUGUACUUUGUAUUAAUUUGUUAUACUAGCCCAGUGAAAAUUAAAAUAAAUUUGAAUUGUAU